AUGUGUGGAAUUUCCGCCAUCUUGCUGGGCGACCCCGAAGCCACCUCCGCCGUCACCGACCUUCACGAGUCCCUCUACUACCUCCAACAUCGCGGACAAGAUGCCGCUGGUAUCGCCGUAUGCCAGGGCGGAAGGGUGUCUCAAUGCAAGGGCGUAGGCAUGGCCAGCAAAGUGUUUGACGAGGGCAAGCGCGCGACGACGGCGACGAUGCCCGGUUACAUGGGGUCCGAAGCGCAGCCCUUCUUUGUCAACUCCCCCUUCGGUCUGUCGAUGAGCGUCAACGGCAACCUCGUCAACGCGCCGGAGCUCGUCAAGUUCCUCGACAACGAGGCUCGUCGCCACGUGAACACCGACUCAGACUCGGAACUACUACUCAACAUCUUCGCCUAUGCCCUCAAUGAACUCGGCAAGACGCGCGCCAGCGUGGCCGAUGUCUUCACCGCCCUCCGCGAGGUCUACGCCAGGUGCCAGGGUGCCUUUGCCUGCACUGCCAUGAUUGCAGGAUUCGGCAUUCUCGGCUUCCGUGACGAGAACGGCAUCCGACCCCUGUGCCUCGGAUCGCGACCUUCGGAGACCCUUGAUGGCGCCACUGAUUAUUUCCUCGCCUCGGAAUCGAUCGCCUUGACGCAGCUUGGGUUCAAGAACAUUGUCGACAUCCUGCCCGGCCAGGCUGUCUUCAUCAAGAAGGGCGGCGUUCCCGAAUUCUGUCAAGUUGUUGAGAUGAAGUCCUACACGCCUGACCUGUUUGAAUACCUGUACCUGUCCAGGGCAGACGUCGACAUGGACGGCAUUUCCGUCCACCGCAGUCGCCAGAACAUGGGACUGAAGCUUGCCGACAGGAUGAGGAGCGUCAUGGGAGAGAAGGGCAUCGAUGAGAUUGAUGUUGCGUCUCUGCGAUCCCUGUCCUUGGCUAACAUGUUCCUCGACAGUCAUUCCCAUUCCAGAAACAAGCAACACGGCUGCCGCCAGCCUCGCCACGGAGCUACGAAAGCCGCUUUCCAACGCGUCCCCGGCCAGAAGGCCCGCCAGAAGAGUGUACGCCGGAAGCUCUCGCCCAUUGCCUCGGAAUUCAAAGGCAAGGUCGUUUGCCUCGUCGACGACAGUAUAGUCCGAGGAACGACCUCGCGCGAGAUUGUCCAAAUGGUCAAGGAGUGCGAGGCGAAGAAGAUUAUUCUCGUUUCUUGCAGCCCGGAGAUCACCCACCCCCAUGUUCACGGUAUUGACCUUGCCGACCCGAGCCAGCUCCUCGCCCACGAAAGGACGCUGGAGGAGAUGACGGAACUCAUCCAGUGCGACACGCUGGUGUUCCAGACGCUCGAGGACCUCAAGGCGGCGUGCCUCGAAGCUGCCGACGAGAAGAGCCAGGUGCGCGACUUUGAGGUCGGCGUCUUCUGCGGCCACUACAAGAGCCCGCUGCCCGACGACUACCUCGAGCGCUCGGCCCGCUGGUACGAGAGCAAGUCCAAGAAGAGGAAGAGCACGGCCAUGACGAACGACGGCGUCGAGGGCGGCGCUUUCGUCGUCGCGAGCAGCGGCCCUGUCAACACGCCGAUACCACCAGAGCACUCCGAGGAUAUCAGCAUCCAUAACCUAGCAAGGCCUUAG